AUCAGGGCAUUCCUAAACGAUAAGAAAAAAUAAUAGCCCUCAAUUUUUGCAAGAAGGGAGAGUUUUAAAGUGUGUCUGUUGUAGUAAUGGCCUCUACAUCUUUGCUGAACUCGGAGAAUCAGUGCAGCGUGGACUAAUGCCCUUGGGAGUGGCUAAACAACCCCAGCUCUCUCAGGCGCUCCUCAUAAGACUUGUUCUCCAGCCCCUUCACCAGCUUCGUUGUUCUUCUCUGGACACGCUCCAGAGCCUCAACAUCCUUCUUGUAGCGAGGGAGCCCCCGCCCGAGAUGGAACCCGAGCUCGGCGGGCGCCGCAGGCGGGGUCUCCCCGCUCGGGGGUUGCCAUGAAACCACAGCGCCCGGGGGCGGCGGCACCAGAGCCUCCUCGCCGCGCACCCGGGGCGGCCCCGGCACGGCCAGCGCAGGGAUCUUCAUUCAUGAGCUGUGGACCGGGGGGCUGUGAGAAGUGUGGGGCUACGUUGCUGCAGACCCCAAAACAUCUCAGGAACUGGGUUCAGCCCUUAAAUCGGCAAAGCGGUGCUGGGCUGUUCUAAGGUUUGGAGAGAACAGGCGCGGGUGCUGGAAGCCAGAAGUGGAAGUCGAGGUUCUGCAGAGUGCCCUGAGUCACUGGCACCACUAAUAGAUCCAAGAACUUGCACAUAAUCAAAUAAAAAUGAUAAAAUAGGAUGAGUUUACUGCUGUGGAUAAGUGAUCACCUGGGAAAAGAAAGAUGUCAAGUUAAGAGAGUUUGACUCCUAUAACACCCAAACUGAAGCGGAGCUCCCAUGGCCUAUGAUGAACCUGCUGGUCUCUCAGGCAUCUUCACGCGCCAGAACUCUGCCAGCACCAUCUCUCUGGACUUCGAGCCUGAUGCUGACUACAAGUUUGUCGAAACCUUAGAAGACAGGUACAAGUGCACCUACUGCCACCUCGUCCUUCGCAAUCCCCACCAGACAGGAUGUGGGCACCGGUUUUGUCAGCAGUGCAUUCUUUCUUUGAGAGAGUUGAAUGCGGUACUCACCUGUCCUGUCGACAAAGAAACAAUAAAAAUGCAUGAGGUAUUCAAAGACAACUGCUGUAAAAGAGAAGUUCUCAAUUUGUAUGUGUUCUGCAAAAACAUUCCUGACUGCAAUUCGAAAAUAAUUCUGGGACGAUAUCAGGAGCAUCUUCAGCAGUGUUUGUUUGAAAACGUGAAAUGCACUAAUGACGGAUGUUGUGAUCAAAUUCUUCGGAAAGACUUGAAAGAGCAUUUGAGCCAGCACUGUAAAUUUCGAGAAGAAAUGUGUCAGUACUGUAAUAAAUAUGUGGUGUUAAUUAACAUAAAGAAUCAUGAGGAAAAUGACUGUCCCAACUAUCCUGUGCCUUGUCUUCAAAACUGUUCACAAAUAGUUCUGAAAAAGGAGAUUGAAAAGCACCAUGCCGUGUGUCCUGAGGCAGAAGUGGACUGCCCAUAUAAGCAGUAUGGGUGUCUCGUAAAGGUCAAAAGAAGGAAACUUGCUGAACAUGAAAACAGUGCCCUGAGGGAACACAUGCUGCAGAUUUUAGACAAGAACUCCCAGCUAGAAGAACAGAUAUCAGACCUGUAUAAGAGCUUGGAAUGUAAAGAGAUUAAAAUCCAGCAGCUAGCAGAGGCCAUUAAAAAGUGUGAGAAAGAAUUCAGACAGUUUACACAACUAUUUGGUAAAAAUAGCAACUUGAUGGUGAGCACACAGGCUCUGGCCAGCCACCUGGAUAAGUCUGCACGCCUGGAAUCGCAAGUGAAGCAGCUAAUACAGAUGGCAAACCAGCAACAAAGCAAAUUAGACUUGCGACCCCUCUUUGAUACAAUUGAAAAUGUAAAACAGAAGAUUGCCUUGAUGGAGACAUAUGAUCAGCGCUUGGUUGUUUUGGAAGGCCAGUUUAACAAACAUGAUCUCCAGAUCAAUAUCCACAAAGCACAGCUCAAUAAAAAUGAAGAACGAUUUAAGCUUUUGGAAGGCACAUGCUACAAUGGGAAAUUAAUCUGGAAAAUCACAGACUACAAGAUGAAGAAAAAAGAAGCAGUGGAAGGCCGCGUCCUCUCCAUAUUCAGCCAGCCCUUUUACACCAGCCGCUGCGGGUACAGGUUAUGUGCAAGAGCCUACCUGAAUGGGGAUGGCUCAGGAAAGGGAACGCACAUCUCUUUCUACUUUGUAGUGAUGAGAGGGGAAUUUGACUCACUGCUGCUGUGGCCCUUCAAGCAAAAAGUUACACUUAUGCUUCUGGACCAAAGUGGGAAAAAAAAUCACAUCAUGGAAGUCUUUAGACCUGACCCCAAUAGCAGCAGUUUCAAAAGGCCAGAUGGAGAAAUGAAUAUUGCCUCUGGAUGUCCACGCUUUGUGCCACACACAAUCCUGGAAAACACAAAGAACACCUACAUCAGAGAUGACACUCUGUUUUUGAAAGUGGUUGUGGAUUUAACUGAUCUGGAGGAAUUGUGAAAAGAGUUCCCCGAUCAAUGUCACUUUUUUUACCAUUAAGAAAUGCUUUCUUGGUGACUACUAGCCAUGCAAUAGUGAAUUGCCAUUAAUCAAGCCACUGAUAAUGUUUCAAGGCUUUUGGACUGCAUAACAGAUAAUGAAUUGCCAAAGCAUCUCAGCCUUUCCUUUUUUAACCUUUUUUUCAAGACUGCAUUUCUAAGGAAGGCAGCUAGAAGUCUAGUGUGAUGCGAACAUGCAUUCAAUCCAGACUUGUCUCAGACCAGGCUGGAGGAAUGCUUGGCUCCCAUCACCAGAAUGGUGUUUACAGAUGAAACUCCUUCAGCAAGCCCUCUGGAGCCCAAGCAGGCCUGUGGGCUCCCAUCUCUCACACAGAAAUGAAGCCAUGCCAGAGUGUGCGGGUGUGUUUCACCUGUCUGAAAUGGAGAAGUUUCAGCAUUAGCACAUUUGAAUCAAUGCAUCUUGAUCUCUCCAUCUCCUGGAUUUGUGAAGCAGAAAGGAUGGCUUCAUUUGGGCAGGGAAAACAUUUAUCUGGGAUCUUGCAUCCUCUUUUUGUUUUAAUUGUUUUUUCCAGAAAGCGCAGAGGAAGAUGCCAAUGCCUCUUAAUUUUCUAGCUUAAUAUUUCAGAGUAUGCCCAGGUCACAAUAGCUUUCUUAUGUCCUUUUCUUUCCUGCCUAGUGCCUUGGGACUGAUUUCCAUUGGUGGUAAACAUCCACAGUCCCCAUCUGAAGUCAAAAGAGGUCACAGGCACUUCUCACCUCUCAGGACAUGGCUAGAAGCUCUUUGACUGCGCUGCUGGAAGAAGGGGAGCAAGGCUCCUAUACUUUUGCUCCUACAUCUGCACUAAAGAGAUGCUUUCUGGCUUACCAGCUCUACAGAAGGCAGGAAGAGCUUUGGAUAUCUGCUUGGGAAGAAGCCCACAUAACAUGCACUAUUCCCCUCUGCCAGAAAUGUGAUGUUUGGAAAAAAAGGGGGAAAUUAUUUAGGGAGUGAGGUUGCUGUAAGAACUCAAUUCUCCCAGUUAGUGCAGCUCUAGUGUUUGAUAAAGAGCAAAACAGCCACUGGGUAACAACUGCUGACUAUGAAGUAUGUCUCAAGAUCUUAAUUUUUAUUCCAAAUUCCUUCCAGGCUGGAAGGGAAGGUGUGCAUAAUGCAGGGUUUAUCAGAGACUCACCAAAACCAUCAAGAUCAGGCACUGAGGAACAAAGAAUACACGUGCCUUUUUAAAGCCUUUUGGGUGCCUGUAAGAGGGAUGUAAUUUUGCACACUCGGUCAUUUUGUUAUUACAAGUGACAGAAUUUUGUGUCUCUCAUCUCUCACAGAUUAAGUAGUGAACCACCACAUCAUUAUCCAUUGCUCCUGCACUCCACUGGCAGAGCAACCGUGGAACUUGUCAUGAGGCAGCAAGAAACCAAGCUAGGUUUACAGUAAGACUGUAAAACUAGGCAGGAUGAAAAUAAAAAUGGGGCACAGACAGCAAGGUAUAAGGUAGAAAAUUCAAGAGGGCAAAUGUGGCAAAAUCAAAAUUGCCCCUUCUUUGCAGGAUUUUGAUAUCAACUGAAACAAUAUGAUUUGAGGAUUGAUGCUAAGACAAACACAAAAUACCGUAUUUUGUAUCUGCAAUCUCAUUGCUAGGCAUUUAUGUUCCCACAUGGUUUCCAGGACAUAAAACAGACACAAAUAUUUUCAAAUUCAGAGGCAGAAGGGAAGAGACCUUAGUUAUCUGUACCUUAUGGUGAGUUAGUACACCUGAAAUUUUUGUUUUGAUCUUGAUGACCUUUUUGUUGUACAAUUUCAGGACGUACUGGGCCACUGUAGGGGCUUUCUGUGUUCCUAGGGACAGAUGGUGAGGGCCAGAUUUUAUUCUUUUAUAUGGCCACAACUGACUUUAAAAGUCAUUUUGGGUGUACAACAGAGAGAAUUUGGCUUCGGAUCCGUAACACUUUGUUACAGAAAGACCAAGCUUGGUUUGAAAAUGGUGUGGCAUUCUACAACAUCAAUCCUGAGUCUUGGACAUGGACUUUGUAUUGAUUAUUACUUUAAUAUUUGUCCUGUAACUUUCAGAGUGGCACAACUUGCAUAAUAACCACUGAUGGAAUUACACCACCCAUGUUUCCUGGGACUUUCCAGUACAUUGAGUGUAAAAUACAGAAAGUAAUAAAGGACUUGGAGAAUCAAAGGAGGCAGGAGGGAAAGGGUGCAGUCUAUAUCCUGGCACAUUCCCAGACCCCUCCACCUCCACCACCCCAAGCAUAAAAUGGGGAUAAUAAUACUUGCAGAAGUGUUAGGACUAUUUAAAUGUUUGUGAAGAAUUUUGAGCAUGAAAAGAGCUAAGUAUUAUUAAAACUCCAUUUGUAAUUGUUAGAGUAGGUGAUGGCAUAGUGACGUGGAUUAAGUGUUUAGUGUGUUCCUGGACAGAUUUUUAAAGCAUGUUCAGUUUUAGCCAGUCUGUACUAUAAUCUGUCCUCUAACUACCAGCCGGGUUUAGGUUUUUGCCACGAAUAUCCCUUUUAAAAUUUUGAAGCACAAAUGAUUCAUCCUGGAUGAUGGAAACAUCCCUUUUGAAAUACUGCCUGUUUUAUAAGGAAUCAGUUGAGAAAAUUAUUUUUUUUAAAGACAACCUUCUUUAAAUCGGUUCUUUUUAUUACAAUAGCUGAGACAUUUAUGUUAAAAUUUUCAGUGAUUUUUAUGACUUAUAAAUAGGAAUUCAAAUUUCAUUCCAUGCCUAAUAAAGAAAAAAUGUUGCAUAGCAUGAAUUGUAAGGAAGAAUUUUGAUGUUGCAUGAAAAACACCAAAAAACUUUUCAAUAAUAUUGUACUGGGUAAGUAACCAAAAGAAUGUAGGGUAUUUCUACAUCAGCAUAUGGUAUGUUUUUAAUGUAUUUAUUGACAGUUUGUAGUUGUUUGAAUAUCUCUUGAUACAUUACAGGCAUUUUUUUAGCCCAAUGCCAUCAAUGUAUACGUAAACUACUAGAAAAAUAAAUAAUUUUACCAUC